AUGGAGGACCCCUCUCCUGCCAGACCGCCGCGGCAAGCCACUGCAUGCAAUUGGUGUCGAGAACAUAAAUUAAAAUGCGACACCGAACAACCGUCCUGUCGGAACUGUCGUAAGCGGGACAUUGAGUGUGUCACAACCAAUCUCCGUCGCCCAGAUCAAUCGGGACGGCGGCUUCAACCGAAGGGAAGACGGAUCAGUCGCAAGAGCGUAGGAAACUCCUCGAGCGCUUCCAAUCUAUCGCUAUCUCAGACUCGGACCGGUUCGACGUCGACACAUCCAUCCCCUUCAGUGUCACCCUCUCCCCCACCAUCUCCGUCGCAACAGCUACUGGCCACGUUCACUCACGACAGUAAUGUCCCAUCAAUAUUUGCAACGCCAUUCGAAGGUUCUGACAAUCAGCGCCGGAGUCCUUCGGUCUCUCAGUUGAAUCGAUCUCGGCGCGAGAGGGAAGACGGCGGCAACUACUCCAGCCAUGCUAGUACCGACAGACUUGACAAUUCUUCUACCCAGGACAACUCCAAUGUCAUCGUCGUCACUGACAGAAGCCGUUCUCGGUUACAGGUUGUUGGCAGCGGAAGCAGCAUCUAUGUCAUGACUCAAUGGCUCGACCUCUUUUUCUCCAAAUCCGACUUCUGGCAACCCAUCUAUCCUUUCUUCCAGCAAGGCCUCGCCUUCUCAGUCGAAGUGCCUCUUCCAUUUCUCAGUUCGCUUCCCCAAUUUCCCUCAGCAGAUAUUAUCGAUAAAUAUCUCACGACGUUCUUCACACGAAUCUACUCUAUCUACCCAAUCAUCGACCGUGAAUAUUUACACGAGUCAAUUUCAGCCCUGCGGCAUAAACUGGACCAUCGGAAUUAUUCGCUGACUUCGAGAGAUUAUCCUGCCCUGGCCUGUAUCUAUGCCGUGUUCAGUCUUGCCGCCGACGAGAUUGAUGGCAGUGCUACCGAUACCGGUACGCACUUUCUCGAAGGCGCUUACUUUCUCUACGCCCAUCUCGUCGCCAUGCCAUAUGUCCCUUCGGUCCAGGCAUUGCUGCUCAUCACCAUUAUACUGCGACAUCGAAACAAGGAUGCUGCCUGUCUUGGGACUCUUGGUCAGGCGAUCCGGAUCGCUCAGUCAAUUGGCCUUCAUAGACGUGUCACAACAGCAGAGAGCCUCCCGGCCGUGGUAGACCUACACGCUCGAAUCUGGUGGACGGCGUAUAUCAUGGAAAGGUCCAUGGAAUUGGAGACUGGUCGACCAUCUGCAAUCAGAGACUCGGAAUGUGAUCAAGUCAUGCCACAGAAGGUGCUGGAGAUGCAACCUCAGGAAUGCUCCUUUGACUACUUUGGUGCCUUGAUCAAAUUGGCACAAAUCCAGAAUCGUAUCCUCGAUUUGUACUACAAUAAACGGCAAGUUCGAAGAACCAAAGAGCUUUUGCAUGAGAUGGGCAAGCUCGAUCGAAGCCUAUUGGAUUGGACAGGCACUUUUCCAGAGGAAAUUCGGCCCGGUCGAGAUAUAUUUUGUCCCGCCGAAUGUUUUCACCUGGCUACAUAUGUCACAUUGCAGUAUCAUCAAACUGUGAUGGCCCUCCACAGACCAGCACUCAUGUCCGCCACUGCAUGGCUCCGCAAUCGGGUUGGCCAGUUAUGUGAAGGCACACCAUGGAGAAGUCGAUUGCGGUAUUGUCUAUGUAUUGGAGCAGCGUCUGCAAGGGCGAGCCUCAAGGCCUUUAACGAUUUACUGAUGUACAGCGGACCUUCGCGGUUUGUCACUGCAAGCCAAAUCAUGCUCAGUGUUCUUGUCCUAGCAAUCUAUGUCACCAGAAUACCGACCAGUAGGAUGAACGAGUCAGAUCUAGCAACAGUCUGUACUUUUGCCGAGGAACUCGAAGAGGAAUAUCUAGAAAUGGGACAAGACGUCGAAUUUGCAAAAGGUCUAUCUGUUCUCCGUGACCAACUCACGAUCCAUGUCAAAAGAACCAAGGCUGAACUUCGACAACGGAAGAAACGUCUUGGGUCGCGAACAUCGAAUACGUCAACCACUGAGGAAGUACCUGACAUAGUUGCUCCAGCCGCACCAGAGAACCCUACUCCCCACCUAGGAGAUACGUUAACACGAUACGCAAUGGAUGAUGCGUACAUGGAGUUGGACGGAGGGCCCGAAUUACAAGAGGCGUGGUCAUCUCUUUGGACGGAUGAUCUGAGCAACUUUUACUUGAACGACAUCAACCAAGAUAUGCUUAGUGCAUACUUAUUAGGCCUGCCACAGAUUGAGAAGGAUAUUAUGUAGACUCGAA